UGUUAUUGUUGUACUAUUGGCUGCGUUGCGUCGCUAAAGUUGCGCCGUGCGGUAUGCAACGUUUUUUGGCGCGCCCAUUUUAAAAAUUUCUUCUUAACGGUUCCAAAAAAUAAAUAAAGAAUUCUUAUCUUGUGAGACAGUGGCUCAAUGUGGUAAGAAUGUCGCCCGCUGAGCAUCAUGUGGUUACGCCCAACGUGGUGAGCGAUGAGGAUUACCAACUGGCGGCAAGCACAGGCGGAGAAAAGUGGAAAGAUGUGCCGGGGUAUCUGAUGGCGAUGGCGAAUUACCUUGCUGGCCAUGUCAAUGAAACGGAGGAUGUGGAACGCUUCAAUGGGCCGAUACUUAAGGCGAGCAUCAAAUCGGUCUAUUGGCUAUUUCUCAUCCAGUAUGCAGCGUUGGCAUUACUCGGCGUCCUCAUGAACAUCAUCAUCAUCGUGUACAUCAUGUAUCAUCGGCUUUACAAGGAUGUCACGCAUGCGUUCAUUAUCAACUUGGCGUUGUGCCAUUUUGUGCAAUGCGCUCUCGUGUUGCCCAUUUCGCUGAUGGUGAUGCUCAUUCAGAACUGGAUAUUUGGGCAAUUCCUUUGCUUCUUUCUGCCCAUGCUGCAGGACAUUCCGUUACAUGUUGCCAUGAUAUCGCACAUACUGAUUGCCUGGGAUCGCAUGCGUUGGCUAAGCGAUCCGCUCAAGGGUCGCAUACCCGGCUUUGUCUGCUGCUGUGCCACCUGGCUAACUGGCAUGGUGAUUGCGCUCCCUUAUCCCAUUUAUACGAUUUACGUUGAGCUUGGGGACUAUAUGCCACAGUUGGCUGGCAUUGGGCUCUGUGUUGUCAAUUUGAUGGAUGACAUGCAGGAAUACUCACGGGGAUUGUUUCUAAUCAUGUACUGUGGACCGGCUGUUUUAUUGUCGUAUUUGUAUAUUCGCACCUCCCAGGAGCUGCGACCCCCCGACGGUCCCUUUGCGGUCAUGAUGUACGAGCAUCGUGCUGAUGUACGCAUGAGACAACGCAACUCGUCCACAUCGUCGGUGGAGCCGCGCACUCUGAGCGGCGGAGGCGUUGCCGGUCUGAGCAAUGGACAUCACGGGAGCAGCAACCGUUCGUAUGAUCUUUAUAGCGCCGAGCUGGACGUGCAUCGGGAGAAGCGUAAACAGCGCAAUUUUGGCAGCAUGGCCGCCACCCAAGUGGUCUGUUUGUGCCCAUUGAUGAUACUGCGAUUCGCACGUCUCUCGCUCGAGGAGACCUACGAGAAUCAAAAGCAUUUCGAUUUCACCUACCUGAUGUUUGUGUGGGUCGCAUUCCUGCCCACGGUCAUAUUUCCAUGUAUCUAUGCCUCCCAAAUAUUGCCCAGGGACGAACAGGAGCGACUGCGAGGCUACUUUCGACUGUCGACCAAAGGCAAGUCGAAGGCACAGCGACGCAGCGAUGCGGGCGAUGUCAGCUACCGCGAGGACUCCAUCGAGAAGGAUGAGCACACGAACACCACGAACGUUGUGGGCAACGGUCAUGGGUCACACGCUCAGGGCGAGUCGCAAAAGCAGAUGGCAAAGGGCGGCGGACGACAUGAGCGGGGACAUGGACACGGUUCGAGCGAUCGCUAUAGUGGAGCGCCUUACCGACAAGCGCAGUCUGGCGGCAAGGAACGCGAGCGUGACAGAGAGCGUGACAGAGACAGAGACAGAGACAGAGAGAGGGAGCGAGAGAGAAGAGGUGGCAAUGCACUGUCGGGUCGAGGAGCUGGCGAUGCGGGCGUGGUGAACAAUCUGGGCAAACAUAUGCGGGGCAAGAAGCACGAUGUCAAGAUCAACAUCAUCUCGGAUGGCGGACAUUCUGGGACACACAGCCAUCAGGGAAGCAAAAGGCAGCCGGCCAGUGGCAGUGGCAGUAACAACAGCAGCAGUCGGGGCAAAUCGGGCAGCCAGACGCGUCAUAAACUGGGCAUUGAAUGCAUGUCCAUGUCGAACAAUUCGGUGUCCAAUCUCACAGCGUCGACUUACUGCAAUGGCGGCAAUGGCAACUGCAGCGUGAUCAACGACGACAGCAGCACCAGCAACUAUGGCGAUGGCGAGGAGAGUUCGGUGGUCAGCAGCAUGAUGCAUCCGCCGCAGCGAUGGCCAGGAGCUACCCCAACAGGAGGCGGUGCUCCAGGCACAGGAUUGCGACACAAGGACAUCUCGUUCAGCGAAUGCAGCAGCACGAUUUCCAGCAGCACACUCGAACGGGAUAUGGAGAUAAUGGAUCUGUUGGAACGUGAGCGGAGCAUGGACAUUCAAGAGAUGAUGCAGCGGGAGCAGCAGGGCGAAAAGGUGCGUCUCUCGAUGGGUCGCCAGUUGCCCGACAUUGAGAAGAUCUACGCUCAGCGUUCGCCCAAACCGAAGCGUGACUCCAGCUAUGGCUAUGACAAGGCUGCCUUGGCUCUGGUGAUGCCUGGCAGUGAUCCCUUGAGCCUCUCGUUGUCCAGCGGUAGUCAGCCCACGGAGUACAGCAUGUGCUCCACGUUGCAGGACCAGCAACAGCAGCAGCAACAACAACAACAACAGCAGCAGCAACAGUUGCUGCAACAUCAGCAGGCGCAGCUGCGUCUCAGCCAACAGCAGCUGGAUCAGCUGCCGGAGGAGGAGGACGAGGUGCCGCAGGAUUUCUACGACAACUAUACGCCCGGUGGCAGCAACAACUUGCCGCCAGCCGUGCAAGCGGCAUUCGCCGGCGCCACCGCACCACCCCCGCCCCCGCCCGCCUAUCAGUAUCAAUAUACGCGACGUCUCAGCCGCAAGAGUUCGGGCAGCGGUUCGCAUCAUGUUGGCGGCGUCGGCGGCGGCAGCAGCUCGACACGUGGCACCAAACGCGACAGCUUCAAUUCGUUGAACGGCACCGAUCUGAUUGCCGGCGCCUUCUGUGAACUGGAUCCCACGCAGCCGCUGAAUAAAAUGGCUGGACUCGAGGGACGCAUGAGGCGCAGCAGCCCACGAAAUGCGAGCUUCAGUUCCAGCUCAGCGCGCAGUUCGCUAAAGUCACGAGAUUAUGGUCACGGCUCGGCGCAUUCGGCGCAUCCGGAGCUCGAUUUUAGGGAGAAUAUUUUCGCUGAGCUGUAAGCUGUUUUAUUUUUUAUUUUUGUUGUUGUUGUUGUUAUCAAGCUGCUGCUGCGAAAUGUGGCGCAAAACAAAAACAACAAUAAACUUUUCUAUCAACGAUUUGUGGCAAGAGGGACAAAAGGAUGCUGUGAAACAGAAACUGAACAUUUUUCGUUUCUAUUUUUAUGUUGUCGCAGCUUUAGAAACACUUUUUUUUUUUUGUGGAUUACGACAAGUGAAUAAAGUAAAUAAAAAUUGCAAAUAACAAUGCUUACCUUAUAAAACUAAUGGAAAGAAAGCGUUUAAUGAAGGAUUAGCCAGUUGAAUGUUGGGGAAAGCGUGCCUAAAAGAUUAGAAAAACAAAAUGAAUAGAAAAGCAUAAAUAUAUUUUUAAAGACCCAAAAGACAGAGUGAAAGGUAGAUGAAAAAGAAAUAGAAAAAGAGAGAAAGUUAAGGAAAUUAACUAUUUUUUAAGAAGCUGAAAAAGGCAAAACAAAAUAGAAAACACAUGAAGUUUGCAUUGUUUGAAAAUAUUCUAUAACUAAUCAAAUUAACUAUGAACACUUUGUCAAACAGCUAAAGAUACUUCAAUUUUGAUAGCAUAAUUCAUGUUACAUAUUUAACAAAAAUUGUUGAACAAGAAACCCCCUAGGUUAAGUGAAUUUUUGCUGUGUUUAGCUAAGAAGAGUUCUUCAUAAUAUAAAUAAAAAUAACAUAAAAUUUAAAUAAAUGAUAAUACUAAUAUAUCAAAGAUCAAGCAUUGCCUAACGACGCUUGCAAAAUGUGCCAAGCAACAAAAAAAAAAAAGAAUAUUGAAAUUUUUAACACAAAAAGCAAAACAUAUUUUGCGUACGUAGCAAGUACACAGAAUGCUUUGAGGCAGUGUACGAGUAAGUUAAUUGUGGGGAAUUCAAAGUGGUAACCUGUUGGACUGAUUGUAACUGGGCGAGUAUUAACAUUAAAAUGUAAACCAAAAAAAGAAAAACAAUUGUCGACUUGUUGUUCGUUUUUACUAACAGGUUGCCAGGGUAUCGCACAGUCGUGCAUACCACACACACACACACACACACACACACACUUUAAAUGUUGAAUGACUUUCUUCAAGUUACACAACUGCGUUUUCUUGUCACGCCCUGUACCCAAAAUACUUAUAGUAACAAAUGAUUCUCCUCCUAAGACGCAAACACAAUUGAUUGUUAUGAAAUAUUAUGAUGAUGACAGACAGACAGACAAACAUAAAUAUAAUCGUUAACUGUAACUCAAGGCUUUAUCUUUCACCAUGCGGUUGUAAUACAAUUUUCGGGGAAUUGAAAAUGAAAUACUAAAAAAAGUAAAGAAGAAGUGUUGUUGAUGUUGCCGCUUUUUUAAAAUGGGUACAGGGUAAAUACAACAAAAUAAAAAAAAAUGAAUAACGAAAAAUAAACAUAAUUAUAAUCCAAUUGAAUAUGCAAAGUAAAUACAUAAAUAGAUAUAUAGUAUAUAUAUUUAUGGUGAAAUGUUGUGCAAACGUUUUUAAAAUAUUAAAUGAAACCCCAUAAAGUUUUACUACAAGACAUAAAUAAAAUAAAACAAAUUAUUAAACUAAACACAGAGAGAAAUCUUAAAAAAUAUUAAAAUAGACACACACACACACACGUAAUAUAUACAUAUA